CGGGCGGGAGGCGGCGGCGGCGGCGGCGGCGGCGGGGUCGGCGAUGGCUUUCGAGGCGCUGGCGGAGGCGGCGGAGCGGUGGUGCGCCCGCACGCCCUUCCAGCUCAUCGCCGCCGAGGAGACGGAGCGGCGCAUGGACUUCUACGCCGAGCCCGGCGUCUCCUUCUACGUGCUGUGCCCGGAGGCCGCCUGCGGCGACAAUUUCCAUGUGUGGAGCGAAAGUGAGGACUGCUUACCUUUUCUGCAGCUCGCACAGGACUACAUCUCCUCAUGUGGGAAAAAGACGCUCCAUGAAAUAUUGGAAAAAGUCUUCAAAUCCUUCAGACCUUUACUUGGGCUUCCAGAUGUUGAUGAUGAUGCAUUUGAAGAAUAUAACGCAGAUGUGGAAGAAGAGGAACCAGAAGCCGAUCACCAACAGAUGGGUGUCAGUCAGCAGUGAUUUUCUGAGAAGCUAUAAAAAAAUUUGGAAGCCUAUGGUACCAGGUGGGGUCAGGUGGUGCCACAUUAGCCUGUUUGAAUUAGCACAUCACAAGGGGAUGUCUGGCUGCCAAGAUAAAAGUUUUACAAAAAAUGGUUUAAAAAAAACAAAAUAAUAAUAAUAAUCCGUGAUGAGCUUUGCUAAGAAGCGACCUGAAUUUUGCUCCUGCUUCAGUGGGUUUUCUAUGGAGUUGUCUUGGUAGCAUUCUGCCGUUAUCAGUCUAGAAGUAGUUUUGUCGCUGACUUGUCUCUUCGAUUUGUGUUCAGGAGUAGUGUUUGCUGACAUGAAUGUAGAGUACUGAGAAUGUAGGAGGCGUGUGGGGAGAGUGCCGAGUCCUCACCCUGACCUUUCCAAGGAAACCAGCACAGAGAGCAAACACCACCUGUGCUUUUCUUUUUAGUUCAACAGCUAUAGGUUUUUGACAAAGUACCAAAUGUGGGCAGACUUCUGAAAAACAGUAGUUUAGCAGUGGUUGGUGCUGCAGAAAUGCAUAUGAAGGCUUAACAAAAAUAAUGGGGAGUAGGAAAUCCGGGGUGAUGUCAUUUCACUGACUCCUGAGUUUCCAAGUGCUGAAUUAAUAACUGGGAGUAACAGGCACCAGGAGCACACAUUAUAAACCAGCCCUGGUGUUCCAACACCAUGUGAUCCAAAGGCAAGUGCUGCUUUCUUACAAAUCAAGUAAAAAAUAUCCGUUGCCUGUCCCACUUCUGCAUGACAGCUAACUUUAAGCUUUGCUGGUUUUGGCACACUGUCAAAUUAUUACUCAGACUUUGUGGCAUUAUGCAUUAGAAUCAUGAAAUUGUAGAAUAUGCUGAGUUGGAAGAGACCCAUCAGGAUCCUCGAGUCCAACUCCUGGCCCUGUGCAGGACACCCUAAGAGUCACACCAUGUGCCUGAGAGCAUUGAGUCCAAAUACUUCUUGAACUCUGUCAGGUUUGUGCUGUGACUGCUUCCCUUGGGAGCCUGUUCCAGUGCCCAACCACCCUCUGGGUGAGGAAUCUUUUUCUGAUAUCCAACCUAAACCUCCCCUGACUCAGCUUCAGGCCAUUCCCUCAGGUCCUGUCACUGGUCAUGAGAGUGAAGAGAUCUGUACCUGUCCCUCCUUUUCCCCUCCUGAGGAUGCUAAAGACCACAAUGAGGUCUCCCCUCAGUCUCCUCCAGGCUGAACAAAUGAAGUGACCUCAACCACUCCUCACCAGGCUUCCCUUUCAGACCCUUCACCAUCAUUGUUGCCCUCCUCUGGACACUCCCUAAUAGUUAAAUAUCUUCUUUACAUUGUGGCUCCCAAAACUGCCCCCAGUACUCAAGGUGAGGCCGCCCCAGUGCAGAGCAGAGCAGGACAAUCCCCUCCCUUGCCCAGCUGGUGAUGCUGUCCCUGAUGCCCCCCAGGACAGGGUUGGCCCUCCUGGCUGCCAGGGCACUGCUGACUCACAUUCAGCUUGCCAUACCCCACAGCUCCCAGGUCCCUUUCCACAGUGCUGCUCUCCAGCCUCUCAUUCCCUGGUCUUUACACACAAUCAGGGUUGCCCUGUCCCAGGUGCAGAAUCCAGCACUUGCCCCUGUUAAACUUCAUAUAGUUGGCGAUUGCCCAUCUCUCUCAUUUGUUGACAUCUCUCUGCAGGGCCUCUCUGCCCUCAAAAGAGUUGACAGCUCCUCCCAAUUUAGUGUAGUCAGCAAACUUAGUAUUCCUUCUAGUCCUGUGUCCUGAUUGUUCAUGAGAUGUUGAAGAGCACAGGGCCGAGGGUGGAGCCCUAUGGAGCCCCACUGAUGACAGAUCGCCAGUCUGAUGUCACCCCAUUCACUGUAACCCUUUGUGCCCAGCUUGUGAACCAGUUGCUCACCCAUCCUAUGACAUGUUUAUCCAGCUGUGUCCUGGACAUUUUGGUCAGAAGGAUACUUUUGAUACAGUAUCAAAAGCUUUACUGAACUCCAAAUACAUUACAUCAGCUUGCUUCCCUUGAUCAGCUAGGUGGAUUACCUUGUCAUAAAAGGAAGUCAGGUUUGACAAGCAGGACUUUCCCUUCAAGAAGCCAUGCUGGCUGCGACCAGUGACUGCACUGUACUCUAGGUGUUUUUAUAUACCUUCCAGAAUAAUAUUUUCCAAUAUUUCCAGUUUUCACUGGGCACUGAAAUGAGACUGACAGACCUGUAGUUUCCAGGAUCUUCCCUGAGUGCAGCUUGAAUGCAACUAACACUGAAGCCAUAAGGGUAUCAACCAGCACCUGGCUCUUAAAAUUAUGCUGGACCUCUUCUGGGCCUUUGAGCUAGUCUGGGCAUUUACACCUUAUUGGAGGGAAGCUGAAAUACUGCUUCGGCUGAUAUGAAAUCUAGUGGGGUUUUACUUACCAGGGGACUUGCUCCCCAAGGGUUUUGGUGAGGGUUUUAGUAUGAAGGAGAAGACAACUCCUCGUAUUUAUUACUGGUUUUAUGUAGUUCUAAGUAACUUGGAUGAGUGUCAGACUGUGAAAAUGCAGGGUCUCUUUAUUUACUUGUCUUUUGUACUGAAAAUAUAAGAAGCAAAGGUAAUUCUGUUGUAAUACAGCUGUUUUCCACAAUCAAGAAAGAUGUUUCUAAAUUCACUCCUUUUUUUCCAAUUUUUUAAAAAUUGUAAAACAAAGGUCACAUGCUUCAAAAGCCCUUUUAUACAAAAUUAGCUUUAUAAAAACAAAGAGUGAGCAAAGAGAAUGCUUGGACAAUUCCUAUAAACUACUCAUUGUACUCAUUGUUUGAAAUCCCUGUUGUUAAUGAUGUCUCCUUUUCAAUGGAUUUUUUAAAGACUUUUUUCCAGGGUUACUGAAGAGAGCAAGUUUUCUUGAUGGUUUACAUUUAUGAUGGUGGUUUGAGAGAUGCACUUGAUUUUUUCCAUCAGAGGCAAAGAUCUUCCAUAACUGGGACGAUGUGUGUUACCUGAGUCUACACAGAUGUGUCUGCAACACUGUUGAAGUCAGAGUUUAAGAAUGUUGUUUAAAAAAAAAAAAAAAAAAAAAAAAGUGGAAGAAAAACAGAGCUUAAUGCAACUUUGUACAUUCUUUCAGCAUGCUGGCAUAGACAUGGUAGUUGCAGCACCUUUUCUAUGGACUAGUGACGUGAGAACUGUGGCAGUUCACUGUAUAACACUGUACAGAAGCAAUAGGCAUUUUGCUUACUGAAAUAAAGUCUAAGACCAGUGGUUUCCAUCCCUGCUUUAAGCCCCUAAAUUUUUCUUUCCUCUCCAGCUAGGACAGAUGUUAUAACCUUAAAUAGAGCCUUCCUUUGGAAGAGCCUCUCUCUUCAUAGCAUCCAACACUUGGGUUGUGGCUCACAGAAGUAGAUCUUAUGGGGAUGACUUUCCUCUGCUGUAGUGUAAUGCAAGCAAAUAAUUUACAGUAGUGCAAGCUGCAGGCAAAGUCCUGCUGUUCAGGUUUGCUGGGCACUUGCACCCAUUUGUUUGAGGGGCAGGUGGCUGGAGCCAGUGUGCAGGUGCAGGCACCCCAUGCACACCUGCCUGGUGCUGUGAGCCCGGCCUGACUGGGACACAGCCCUCUGCCUUUUACUGACAGGCAGGCUUCCAGCUGGAUUGGUCCCACCAUCUGCUCAGCGUGUGGCUGCACAGACAGUGCUGGCACAGCAGAGGGGAGGCUGCAGGGUGGGCGUGGGUAGUAGCUAAGGACCGGCUGCUAAAAGCACUUUGCACAGUGUCAGGGACCUGUGCAGAGGUUUGGACUGGCCUAAAUGCUGUGAGGGAUUAAUUCCACAAGGCUCAGUGGGAACUGGGUGCUGGUGGCAGUGGGAUAGGCAGGAAUUAAUGAAAUGAGGAAAAACUAAGAUCUCGUGCUUGUAAUUGCAUGCAGGAGGUUGUAAUGUGUAUUGCACUCUGCUGCCUUUCCCUGUGUAUUGAUUGAAUUGUUAAUGAGCGGUUGAGCAUUAAUAGAGUUGCAAGCAAACAACGCUGUAAAUUAUGUAGAUAUAUUAUUAUUUUCUGUAUUCACUAACUCACUUUUUCUUUGGAAUGUCCUGUACCAUUUGAGUGACUUCCACACAGACUGCAAGUGCUGGACAUCCAGCCCUUCUGCAGUGCUCUCCACUGGAAAACUCCCACUGAAGCCAGUGAGAUUUUGUUCAGGACCUGCAGGACCAGGGGAUAUGUGAGGCUUGGUCCUGCAGAAAUCUGAGCGCUCUCAUUUCCUCCCACUUUGCUAGGAGCUGAAUGUGUUGAGCCCUGUGGCUGAACUGAAGCAUGACCAGGCAGCACUGAGAAUAAACUGGAAUUUUAUACAUCAAAAAUUUAAUUUACAUGUAAUAAAUGUGAAUGAGCAUUAAUAUAGAAUGUAUUUUAUCAAAAAGUAUUGAUUCCUUACUUUGACCAAAUACAUUUCUGUAUUACUGUGUUACUUUUCCAUACUUGCCAAAUGAUGCAAGAGGUGUGUAACUGGUUUGGUUGUACUACAAAAUGUUUUUGUAUUUAAUUUGUAUUUUAUUUUUCCCUUCCUCCUCCCACAUAUUGCAGUUAGCCACCAUUCAAUAAUUAAUCAUGGGUAGCAUGACCCAGUGACUAGACUGCCAGACUGAGACACAAUAUUUGCCAACACGUGCAUCAGUGCUUGCAAACUUAGUGAGAUGUGGGUUUGUAGCUCUGCCAUUGCCUUGCCCUGAGCUUUAGGUGGGUCUCAGUCUCUGAGAAUUCAGGGCAAGCCUCCAGUUAUGCAUGCAGGCCUCUGGAAGAUUUAGCAGGAGCAGGAUGACUCCUUUGAAAGUCCCACCUUAAGCCUUUUGUAAAAGGGACUGUUGGUAUUAUUUGUCCAGCAGUGUAUAUAGUGCUUUAGGUCUGUGGGUGAACAGGGAUAGGCAUUGUCAUUGCCUAUUCUCAGAUCAAACCAGUAAUGAAAGGCUCUCCUUUUUCCCUUGGCCUUUCUCAUAGGCAUUUCAUGCUCUAACUAAAUAUAAAUACAGCAGAACAGAACCUCUUGCAGAGCUGGUGCUUCUGAAUAUGAGUUGCACAAAUACAGUCAGCAGAGUGCUGCUUGGGCAAUGAGAAAUACAUGGGAUGCCAGAUGGAAAAGCAGAUUUCAGAACUGUGACGAGUGCAGGGGCAAGAGUGAGCAAUGUCCCUUCAGAGAGGGAGAUGCUGAGAUUUCUGAGACAGCCAAAGCCACCUUGCCAAGUGUCUGCAUAUUGAACCUAUGCAGUUUGUAAAAAAGCUCCUCUGGACACUACUGAGGCCUUGAGCUCAGUUGUGUUUUCCUGUUUGUGUCCUGCCUGAUUAAUGUGUUAAGAUGGUUGAGGGAGGAAGGGAUAGAGAAGGCAAACUGAAAAGCCUAUUCCUCACCUCCAGCAUUAUAAUAUUGUGUUAGUUGGUAGGAGCAGCAGUCAGGGUGCAGGAAGCUCCUUUUUUAGGUGCAUAGUAACAUCUUUUAAAAGGACUUGCUCAUGAGGGAAAAAAUUGUCCAACUGUUACCUUGCAGAAAUGGUGGGAAUAGCUCACCCCUGAGCACGAUGACCUGAGCCCUUACCAGACCUCAGCUCCACCUGCUGCCCUGCUCCCAGCUCUUUUCCAGGCAGUUUCUCCUCAUUGCAUAGCGCUGUGCCUUUGCAAGUCUCAUGCUUAUAAGAGUGCUGCUUUUUUCUGGGAAUAGCCGUAGUUAGUUUUCCUGCAUCAGUGGCAUGCAUGUCAGCUGACUGUGUCCCACAGGUGUGCUGUGUGAGAUGGUGGCUGUGGGAAUCAGGGAGGAGUUUCUGCUGCAGCAUUGCUGAGUAGGUCCCUGUCCUUCACCCCUCUGCAAGGUAGGACAUGAGACUGUGACAGUAAAAAUGAUUGCAAUAAUACUGUCGACAUUGUUUUGGAAAGUUGCCAUUCAGGACAUAUUCCCAGCCUCUUUCAGCAUCUUUCCUGAUCUUUGUCUGGGAUCCAGGGCUGAUGUCUAUGGCUGUUUUACUCAGUGUUAGCUUUAGCAGUGUUAGGAGGCGGGGUUGCAUCCCUUCUCUGUGUCCAUACUUCCCUCCUGUCUGUCCUUACCAUUCUGUUCUUCUCAGAAGUUCUCACUCCUAGAAGAGGGGAAGCAUAGGAAGGAGGAGAGAAAUACCUCUUACCUCCCACAGCUUACAGCCAGGUGCAUCAGUGGAGCUGCAGUUCAGCACAGUGUGAGUCACACUGUCCUUUCUGUACAGGGGGAUGAGGUAGCACGGGAAAAUUGUUAUCCUUUGAGGACUGUGAGUGGUCCAUGCCAGACAGGGGCUGUGCAGAAGACAGCAGUCAAUUUACGUGUCAAACCCAGUAUCUUUUCACAGGCAGUUAUGUCUAGCCAGAUAAUCUACUCUCUGAAAAUCAUAACCCAUUGAAGCUCUCCAGGUUGGGCAUCCAGAAAAUGAGACUUGUCUGGUUGCCUUGGUCACUGGGCAGUCUCUUUCUCAGUGCUGGCUGUUUUAGGUCGGGCCAGAGGACAUGGGAAAUUGGGAAAGAUCCCUUCAGGGGCAUUAGCUAGAUGCCCCUUUUUGUAAAUUGCUGAGCAGAGGCAAAUGCUUUGUUUUAUGUGUUUAAUUUUGGCAGGACCUCCCCUCCUCCCCAGCAGCCUGUCUCUGCAGACAGCUGCUGCUGGGAAAGCUUUGUGUGAGAGCCAGGCAGGAGUGACUCAGGGCAGCAGCUCCUAGACCCUGUAACAGGCUGGACUUGAGGUCGUCCUUGCAGGCUAACCGCGGAUCUGAAGGCUCAGGGGACAUCACUUCCAAUGCAGAUAUUUAAAGAGUCCUUCAAUUUGGUCCUUAGAGGGCAGACCUUGUAACUUUGGGUUUUUAUUGGACUUCUGAGACUUAGUUGCACUGUUGGUGUCUGAUGUCUGUGGCAGGUGAGCAGAGGACACCUCUUCACUUAAACACAUGUACUUGUUCAGUGAGCCAAAUUGUCUUUUACAUGGUCUGUGUUUGACUUUUUUCUCAUUGCUGAUUUUUUUUUAAGAAUGUCUCUAAAGGCACAUCUGAAUUAUUGCAAACCCCUAUUUAUACAGAUCUGCAUAGCAUUGCACUGUCAGUACAAGCUUGGAUGUAAAAAAAAAAAAAAAAUGCAGAUUAACAAAAAGGGCCUUCAUUUACCUACAAGAAAAAAACUCCAAACUUCUUUGAACUAGUUGCUGCUGACUAUAAUGAAGCUUACUGCUUUCAUGUAAAAUACAUUGAACUUUGAAAUUCCCUUUCUGUACCAACAUGCUGUUGUUCAUGUAGGCAAAGAUCUGUGCAAAGAUCUUCCUUUACUGCAUGUAAGGGAAGCUUUCAUCUUCAGGGGUGGUGGUGGUACAAAUGUCAGCUCUGGAUUUUAGUCAAUGCAAUUCUUUUGUCAAGCUUUCCUUUACUACUGCAGGGACUAGUCAGCCCUCAACACAUCAAGCAGAAAUUGUGUUGUGCCACACCAUGCCAAGUCUGUCUUUGGUGUGGUUUCCACUAUUUUUGUGGCUGAAAGACCUCUCUGUCUUUGGGACUAUAAAGCUGUGAAAGGAGUCAGCAAAAGAAGUUGCCCUUUUGGUCAGCACUUUCAAAGGUGUAAGCCUUCAGUGGAGCACUGGCUGCCUUCUGAUCCUCCUUCCUCGUCCACCACCAAGGUGUCAAAUCCAGCAGUGUCAUUACACCAUGAGCUUCCCAUUAAAGAUCUUACCAAACUCUGA